AUGGAGACGCGCCGCUCUUUCGACGACGACAACGAUCACGAUUCGGAAGCCGAGGCCGAGGCCAGGGUCGAGGAGGUGGCCGCUCUUGCGCUGGACUGCUUCGCGAGUCCGACUUGGGAGGCCUGGGACGCGCUCGUCGCCGCUGCCGAGCAACGACAAGUCGACCUCCAGAAGCUCCUGUUGUCGCCGACCGAGGAAGGGCGGUUGCUCGACGGUUCUCGACUCGUGCGCAGCAGCCUCGGGUAUGGCGAGAAGCGCGAGAUUGGCCAAGGCCUCGAGUUGUUCAUGGGCCCCGAAGGCCUCAGCAUGUACCGCAUGAUGACAGGCUGCGGCGAGGAGGUCACGCAGGAGACACUAGAUGCUCGCCUCGCCGCAGCUGCCGAGGCCAUGGAGGCAAGGCGCGCGGAGGAGGCGCCGCGAGCGGCAGCCGAGCGCGCAAGCGAGCACUCCACAGCGCUGAGCCGUUUCGACACGUCAAUGCCCGCGGCGGACGCGACGCCGCUUGAGGGGGUGGCGCAGUGGAUCGUCGAGGCGAGGUGCGAGGUGCGGAGCGACCCAGCGUCGGAAGAGCCGCUGUGGGGCUACCGGCAUCAGUUCCGACUCAAUGCAAUGAGCCUCAGCGGCAGCGCGCUUGCGCUCGCCGGCUGCACCGGCUACAAGGGGAGCCUCGCGUGGGCAUCGGUGCUCACCUCUGUGCGGCCUCCGCCGCCCUCGAGCCUCGCGCAGCACGCCGCCUCAACGAUUGUGCAGCACGCCUCUGCCGACGAGUUGUCGCAGCUCCUCGGUGGCGGUCAGGAUGGCCCUCUCGCGGGCUCGGCGGCGAGGCAGGCGCUCGAGGAGCAGGCCGUCGAGCGCCGCGCCUUCGGGCUCCAGGGCGGCGGCGCCUUCCGCCGCGUGGGCUUCUCGGCAGGUGCCCGCGCCUGCGCGGUCGAGCCGACAGCGGCGGCAGACGGCGACAGCGGCGCGCUCGUGUGGCUGAGCGAGGGCUGCGGCGGGCGCAUCAAGUGUAUGCAGGCGGGGGCGACGGGUGGCCGCUGUGUGGCGACGCUGCGCAACGUGCCCGACGACGAGUUCGGCACGCCUCACGUUGCGGUCGACCUGGCGCGAAUCGACGUGGGCAGGCGGCGGCUGCUGGUGGCCACCGCGGGAGGCGGGGAACUCGCCUGGUGGAACAUUGACGCGCUUGAUCCGAGCACAGGGGGGCACCGCUCGUACGAGUACGACAGCGCGGCGAGGGCUCACGCGCUGCGCUCGGACGCGAUGGACACUGGGCGCGAGCACCCCGUCGCUUUGCUUUCGGUGGCCGACACCGAGGGCAUUUGCCACCACGAGGAGGGCAUCGAGGAGAUGGAGGUGACCGAGGGCGAGCGGCCGCAUGGCACGUGGGACAUUGGGGCGCCCCUCGAACGCCAGAAGAGCAGCGUCUCUUCCAGCAGCUCGCGCUGGCGCUCUCACGCGUCGGGGCCAACGCGCAUGCGGGUGGAGCACCUCUGCUGGCUCUCGAACCCGGCUUGGCUCGCCAUUGGCUUCGACGGCAGGGGCACGGACGGCAACGGGGUCCUCGGAGGGGAGGUCGUCUCGCUGUUCGACGUCGCAGCCGGCCGGUCGGCGGGCAGCCUCUUUGGUCACGCGCCCAAUGACUGCGACCAUGUGACGUGCCUCGGAUGCCUCGCCGCCGGUGGAGAGGCGUUGCCCCGCACGCUUGCCUCGGCCUGCUCGGACGGGACAGUGCGCGUGUGGGACGUGGCCUCCCGCCGCCCGAGCUUCACCCUCAUCGACAAGGCAGGCGGCGAUACCAGCGCCAUGGCGUUUGCCCCCGUCGGCGGCACGCCGCUGCUCUUCACCGGCGCGAGCGACUGCGCCGUGCGGCUGUGGGACCUGCGCCACACGGGCCGCUGCGUGCACGAACUGGCGACCGGCAACGCGAGGGUGGAGCACCUGGCGUGGGACCCCGCCGGGCGCGCGCUGCUCGCGCUGACACGCCGGCCCGAGGUGGAGCGGCGGCGGCGGCAGCGGAUGGGCGGUGGCUUGUUUGGGCUUGCGUUUGGAGCGAACGGAGGGUCAUCAGACGAGGACGAGGACGAGGAGGACGCGUGGAACGCGUGGCCGCGCGACGCACAGCACGGCGAGUCUGAUUUCGGCGUGCGGUGGGAUCUGCCAUCGGGCGAUUACGGCCUCGCGCAGUACCGCUUCAUGCCACUGCCGCGCCAGCCCGCCCACUCGUACGAGCGGCAGGGUCAAGAGCCUGAGCCCGCCACGUGGCGGUACAUCAGCGAGGCGUACGGAGCAGGCAUCGGCCUGUCUGCGGUGUAG